UGUCUCGGUUUGAGAGGCAAGUAUAAAUUGGCCACUGCAGUCUGAUUACGGCACAGUUCAAUCGAUUGUUUAGUGCUGUGAACAACUACUUCUUCCGAUCAACCAAACAUGGCUUUCAAGUUCCUGACCUUCUGCGCCCUGGUGGCCGUUGCCCGCGCUGGAGUCAUCGCUCCAGCUGCUGUGGCUUACGCCCAUGCUCCAGUGGCCAAGACUUUGGCUUAUGCUGCCCCAGCUCAAGUGGCCUACGCCCAUGCCCCGGCUGCCCAUGUAGCCUAUGCUGCCCCGGCUGCCCACGUCACCUACGCCGCCCCAGUUACCAAGACCAUCGUUUCUGCUCCAGUGACCAAGACCCUCGUCGCUGCCCCACUUGCCAAGACCAUUGUUGCCGAUGAGUACGACCCGAACCCACAGUACUCUUACUCGUACGGAAUCUCCGAUGCCCUGACCGGAGACUCCAAGUCCCAACAGGAAUCGCGCAACGGAGAUGUCGUCCAGGGAUCCUACUCUCUGGUUGAUGCUGAUGGCUUCAAGCGCACUGUCGAGUACACCGCCGACCCACACAACGGAUUCAACGCCGUCGUCCACCGUGAACCACUGGUCAAGACCGUCGCUGCUGCCCCCGUCGCCAAGGUCGCUUAUGCCGCUGCUCCAGUCGCUUAUGCCGCCCCAAUUGCCAAGACCAUUGUCUCUGCCCCGGCUGUGACCAAGACCAUCGUGUCCCAGCCUGCCGUAGCCUAUGCUGCCCCAGCAUACGCCUACCAUCACUAAACGAUCAAGACUGUCAAGAAGUACAA